GCCAAAUGCAAGUACUAGUCAUACUUAUCGACCUCCAGCCAGCCAGCCAGCGCCCCAAACCUUGCGUGGUUGAGUUGACCGGCCCAGGAUUUUUUAUCGACAAAACCCCGCUUCGAGGAAUGCACCGAACAUCCUCCACACAUACAUGUGGGCUUGGCGCAGAUGGUGUGUGUCCACAAUGAGAGACAGAGAGACACGCCCUUCCUUACUUGCGAACUCGAACUUGAACUUUCAACUUUUCUUAUCUCGUUGGUUUUGGUUCACCCCGUCAAUGACUGCUCCUUUCAUGCCGGUGGGAAUCUGGCUUGGUGUUAGUGCGGGCUGCUUCACCGACUUGUUCGAGACCGUGGUGUAGCUGAUGACUUGGUUGAAACCAACGUUGCCCUUGCUGGUCUGGAUCGGGUCACGAUGGUAACUUCUUCCAUGGGCUUGACUACCUAUCGACCUUUGGACCCUGUUUGUACUCGCCGGCUAUCAAUAUCUCCCCUCGUAAAGCUAAACUGAGG